CACCUCCUUGUGGAAACGACUCCUACAGGUGGGUGACUGUUUUUGCUAAGUCAUCCUGGGGGUGCUCAGAGCCCCACUGUGAAACCCUUCCUGUCCUUCCAGGCUCCUCCUUCCUCCCCACCCCUUUAACAGACCCUGAAGUUGGCUCCGCCACUCUGCAGGCCUCACUCUGCCCCUUCACCAUGGCUUACAUAGCCAAGUCCUUCUACGACCUCAGUGCCAUCAGCCUGGACGGGGAGAAGGUAGAUUUCAAUACGUUCCGAGGCAGGGCCGUGCUGAUUGAGAACGUGGCCUCGCUCUGAGGCACGACCACCCGGGACUUCACCCAGCUCAACGAGCUGCAAUGCCGCUUUCCCAGGCGCCUGGUGGUUCUUGGCUUCCCUUGCAACCAAUUUGGACAUCAGGAGAACUGUCAGAAUGAGGAGAUCCUGAACAGUCUCCAGUAUGUCCGCCCCGGGGGUGGAUUCCAGCCGACCUUUACCCUGGUCCAAAAGUGUGAGGUGAAUGGUCAGAACGAGCAUCCUGUCUUCGCCUACCUGAAAGACAAGCUCCGCUACCCUUAUGAUGACCCGUUUUCCCUCAUGACCGAUCCGAAGUUCAUCAUUUGGAGCCCGGUGCGCCGCUCCGAUGUGGCCUGGAACUUUGAGAAGUUCCUUAUUGGGCCGGAGGGGGAGCCCUUCCGCCGCUACAGCCGCACCUUCCCUACCAUCAACAUUGAGCCUGACAUCAAGCGCCUCCUCAAAGUUGCCAUAUAGACAUGCAGAUCUACUCCAUCCAGCCCCUGCUAUCUUUCCUUAGGGUCCAGUGUGCCCGCAGGAGACACUGCUGGACCAAAGCUUCCCCUUGAAGAGCCUUGCCCUUCCAGUCCGCCUGUCUCCCUUCCCUCCCCCUACCUUCUGGUUGGUGAUUCCAUUUGGACCUCCAAGACUUGGGUGGCUCUGGGCCUUCACAGAAUGAUGGCGCCUUCCUAAACUGUGUGGGCGGUGUCUGAGAAGUGUGAAGGGCUUAGAGCCACCUGCUAGAUGCAUCCAAUAAAGGGCAGGUAUGCAAACGGCCAGGCUCUCUGUGUCUUCUUCCUUGACGGAGGGUAGAGGGAUGGUACAAAACCGCAGGUGGGACAGAGAGCUGGCAGCACACAAAGGCUUGAUAGAGGGAGGCUCUGAUCAGGGGGACACCCCAAUGACUGUUCAGGCUCUGGCCAGGGUGAUUUGUUCAGCAUCUCCAUACUGCUAAAGGCUGUUGCUAUGUCUAAUAACAGAGCAGCUGUCCUGAUGUUGGCAUUAUGCCACAGGCAAUUUAGGGCUGAUAUGCCAGUACAACGUGUUGGGUCUUUCCCAUGAGGCUCAAGUUGAAGGAAUUAUUUAAAGAUUCCCAAAGGAUCAGGAAUUAACAGUAUAAGUGAUUUUGCAGAGAGUCAGUAAGGGCCAUAAAGCUAGGAAAAGGGCUCCCCACUUGGGCAGGGAAAAUGCUACAUGCUUCAGAAGGGACCUAACCAGUCUGGCUCAGAAGGGAACAGGGAAGGCAGGACUGGAGAGACUUCUUUUACAAGGACAUUUCCCUCUUACUGAAUCUUUAGUUGUGCUGUUGUUAAGAUGAAGGGAAGUGAGAAACUGUUUCCUUUAUUCUUCAUCUCGUUUGUCUCCUUUUCCAUCCUCAGAAGUAUCAGCAUACGGUCAUAAACAAGAUAUGGCAAAGUUUAAUAUAAUCACCCACUUUCAAUCUUUUCAUCACAUUUCCCUAGGGGCACUCAGGAAGUAGGAAGGUGUCUCACAAACAAGCUUUCCCUGAGAGCUGAGAUAAUGCCACUGGAUUUAGAGGAGGGACAGAGACAAUCACUUCUCUGAGGGCUCUAACAAAAAAAUAAAGCUUGGGGUAAAUGAUUUUAGGGAACCAAGGUACACAGACUGAAAGUUAUUAUUUCCAUGACUAUGUUCCCACAGCUAAAUCUCCUUAGUUUAAGAAACACUGAGCCAAAAUCUAAUCGGUGAUUUCAAAUCUGAUUUCUUAUAAUCACCAUCACAACUGUCAUCUAAACUAUCAUUUAUGGAAUAUUUACUACACUCACACACUGCAUAAGUACUUUAUAUAUAUUAGGUUACUUAAUUCUCAUACUGACCCUAAGAAAAAUUGUUCUGUUUAAAGAGAAGGUAAGUGAAGAAGACCUGCCAAG